AUGUGGGCUUCCGAGGCCGGGCUCAAUGACGACGACCCGCGCGAGAUCCAGCGUCGACGAGAGGCCUACGCUCGCGAGCUAGACCACCAGAUCGCAUUGCGCCGGGCGCGUCAACACCAGGAGCAAAUGGAGCGCGAGGAGCUCGAGCGCAAGCUGGCACCGAGCGAGCGCUCGCCGUCCAAGUGGCUGGUCGAGGGCGGGCACCUGGACAUGCCAGCAGCCUCCCAGUCCCCCUGGAAGUUCACGCAGAGCGUGGAUCUCCACGAGGAGCAGCGGCAGGACCGCGGCGCAGCUACGGGCGAAGCGAACGGCGUGUCCUCGUCCCACCCGCGCUUCCGCGUGACAGACGAGAGUGAAACCAGCCAGAGACUGCGAGAGCGCGCGCAGCAGAUGCAGUGGAAGAGGAUGCUGGACGAGCAAGUUCAGGAAAAGGCGCGACUGAAGGAACAGCAGGAGGCGGAGCGGAGGCGCAGCGAGGAAGAUGCUGCGCGCGAGGAGAUGCGCUACCUUCGCGAGCAGCAGCUUCGAGCGCAGAGACGGCUGGGGCAGUUUUCUCCGGCGGUGAAUGCUGAGUUUAAUGAAAACAGGGCGGAGACGAACUCUCCGUAUCGUGCGCUACCGUCUCCACCGGAGGAGGCGGGGAACCGACAGAGAAACAACUUUCAACAGGCUGCGAGUGGCCGCCACAACUUUGCAUUUGGCAGCGACAACCGUGAUGACGACGACAACUAUUAUCAGAGAGAUCGACAGUACGGAAAUCCUGGAGCCGCUGAAGCGUUGCUUCCCCCACCUGCCCCGUCACAGCUUCAGAUGCCGCAAGGAAAUUUUCGUGUUGCGAGGGAUGAUAGUCGCGACACGUUUGAUCGUAGCGCAGCGGGACGACCGUUAUAUUCCCAAGAGAGCGACGCACAGGAAUCCCGCCAGCAACUGGAGCAGCAAAGCCGCAUCAUUGAUGAGUACCGAUCGCUGCUGGCGGAAAUUCGCCGUGAACGCGAAGAGUUGCGGCGAGAACGAGACGAGGUGCGGCGCGAAAAAGAAGAACUACGUGUGCAGCGUGCACUUUUGCAAUUGGAAAACGAAAAGAUGGCAAGCCUUGUGGAUGCACAGCGGGCUUUGAAUGAGCAGCACCACGCGGAUCUCCAGACGCAGCAGGCGCAACAAGCGCAACAGCUUGCUCAGCAGCAAGCUCAGCAAGAACAGUAUCAACAGGCGAUCCGUCUUCAGCAUCGACUUUCACCGGAUGAGUCUGUGGGGUUUGAUAUGAACAACAUGGCUAAGAGUUCGAACCUUCCGGAUCGUACCGAAGAUGCUCCUGAAACGCAGCCGUACUCUCGACUCAACCAGAUUCGCCAGACGCUCGGGGAUUUAAACAUCCAUGAAGACCACCCUCAACCUGCACUUCAAGGACGGCGAAGAAAGCCACCAAGUCCGAUGUCCAUGGCAGACUUUUCAACGCCCACCCCCAACAAACGAAUGGUAGUUACCACUAUGGAGUCGCCGCGCUUCCAACGCCUGUCACGCUACCGCCCGAUCCCUGCUGUUCCAGCCCACGACGAAAGCGUUCUCAACCAGUCUUUAGUUGGCGAAAGCGUCUUCGUCCCAUUAAGCCCCAAGUCACAGAACCAAGAUAACAACGGGCCGGCACCGCGAGUCACCGCUUCUCCAACCUCCGCGGACAGGCGAGCUGACACCCGUGCGAAUCCUCUACGAAGCAGCCGCGUCAUCAAGAGCAGGGGGUUCUACGACUUUGAGCCAGAGUUGAAGAGCGACGACAAGCUGGAAUCCUUCGCAAGCGGCAGCAUGCGAGACAGCUUUGGGUCGGAUCUCGGCAGCAGCCUGUACGGAGAUGACGACGACAAUGACGUAAGCGACGCGGAGGACGAGCUGUUCGAACAUGACGCCAAGCGUAACGGCGACUCGUGCCCACCAGCUAGUAGCGGUCUGUUCCAAGUUCAGGUUCUUGUGUGA